UCGAUGUGCUCGGCUCUCCAUUCAGCAGAUUCUCUGCACGCUCUCCUCUCCUGUCUGUCUUCCCAUCGAUUCGCUCGACCUAUCGAUUAUCUGUUUAUGUCAAUGCCCAUCGACCAGUUCGUCGCUCCACUACCCCGCCUCCUGCUUUCUGUCCAAUCUGGCGCCAUUUUAGUCGGCGGGAGCUGAAGGGGGAGGCGUCAGCAGAGCGCGGGUAAAUCAGGAGGGGACGGCAGCAGCGGCUGAGGACGGCGGUGCUCGUGGGCCCCGACAGGAGAGUGUGUUGCCUCCCCGGUCUUGUUGAUGGGUUCUCUCAGCCGAAGCCUUGCCAAUUAGCCGACUGUUGGAGGAGCUGCCCUCUAGGUGGACAACCUUCUCAUAGGAGCUCUCCAGAUUUAAAAAAAAAUGGCUGCUGUUUUAGAUGAUUCACAAUUGGUGCCUUUACUGGAGACUUUAGAGGACUCCUCUACCUCACACACAGAAAAGACUGAUGCCUACCUCUCCACUGCCAACCGCCUUAGUGGAGAGGAUGGCAAAGAGUUCACAGCUCUGGUUGCAAAAAACUUCUCACGUCUUUUCAACGUUUUUAAGACACACAUCAGUCACCAGCAUUCUGAUCUCAGUAAUGCCGCACUUCAGACACUGGGAUUUUGUGUUUUUAACAGUACGAUAGCAUCUGGCAUAUCAGCAUCUGAGGUGCAAGAAUUGCUGUCUACCCUUAACAGUAUUGCUGUAAAAUCAGCCGAUAAAAACUCAUGCACAAGAGCACUUUGGGUGAUUUCAAAACAAAACUUCUCCCCUGAAGAAGUUGGGAAAGUGGUACCCUCUAUACUUUCUACAUUAGAAAAUGUACUUAAGGAUGUGCAGUCACUUGUCAUUGCAUAUGAAGCACUGAAUGUCAUUAUAAGGCUUUUGGAACAGGCCCCUGCACAGAUGACGACAGAGGCUGUUAGAUGGGCCAAGUUAAUCCUUCCAUUAGUCAUUCACUCUGCACCAAAGGUUCGGAUAAGAGCAGCGACAGGCCUAGAAAUUGGAGUACCAUUGUUGCUUCAGAAACAGCCGGAGGUGGCAGCUCUUACAGAACAACUCAUGACAUCUAAAAUUAUUUCUGAGCUCCACAAACUCUUCACAAGUAAGAAUGAGACGUACGUGCUGAAGCUGUGGCCCUUGUUUGUGAAGCUCUUGGGGAAGACACUGCAUCGCAGCGGCAGCUUUAUUAACUCUUUGCUGCAGUUGGAAGAACUAGGCUUUCGCAGUGCAACCCCAGCUGUGAAGAAAAUUGCAUUUAUCGCUUGGAAAAGUCUUAUUGACAACUUUGCAUUGAAUCCUGAUAUACUCUGCAGUUCAAAGCGAAUAAAACUACUUAUGCAGCCAUUAAGUUCUAUCAAUGUUAGAACUGAGCUUUUGGCUCUCACAAAAGUCGAGGUCUGGUGGUAUCUUCUACUGCGUCUUGGCUCUCAGCUGCCUACUCACUUUGAACAGGUCUGCCUGCCUCUCAUUCAGAGCGCUUUAAGUGUAGACUGCCCUUCAACACCAUUGCGUUCAGGCAACCAGAGUCUGGCGUCUUCAACACCCCUUCAGAAAGGAAGCUUCCCCUUUGGCAGUCCAGCGACCCCAAAAAUAAACUUGAAUUCCAGCCUUCUGGCGACUGUUGCGUUUCCAUCAGUUCACCUCUUGGGCAUUGAGAUGAUGCUCCAUUUCCUCCUGGGUCCAGAGGUUGUUCAGUUUGCUGCUCGGCACAAGCUUGUGCUUAGUCUAGAGCCCCUCCAGCAUCGCCUGAUCAACAGCCCGUCGUUCUUCAGUAAACAUGUGAGCACGCUGCUUGGUGCUGUACAGGAUGGAUUCAUUACCAUAGGAAAAGAUGCUUCAGGAGCUGUCCUUCAUGCUGUGUGGAAGGACAUGAUAGAAUUUGUAAAGGCAUCAAUGGAAACGGGAAGCAAGAAGGAAAGGCAAGGCUCAGAAGUGCUGACGUUUUUGCUGCAAGCUUUGAAAAACAUUAUUGUAUCCAAUGCUCUUCAAGUGGAGAAGUGCCUGUGUCUGCUUGAGUGCACCGUGAAGGGACUACCUCAGAAAGUGCUGGCGUCUGCAGCUUAUCAGGUGGCAAAUAUGGAUCUUCUUAAUGGGACUCCUGCGUUGUUUUUAAUUCAGCUUCAUUUCCACCCUGGGCUUCUGGAACAUGGCGUUUCAGAGGAAAGAUUUUUUAUGAAUUAUGAAACUCUUGUGAGCUACGUCUUCUCGGGUCCAACUUCUCCUUUGGCAUUUAGCGAGUCGGUGCUCCAGGAGCUGAACCAAGGGGCUAAGUUACUUGAGAAUAAAGAGCUGUUGUGGCGUAUGUGGAGUAUAUUAAUUAACCCAUUGACAGAGAGGAUUAAUCAGACAAAUGAAGUCAACCAGGGAGAUGCUCUGGAGCACAAUUUCAGUGCUUUGCACAAUGCCUUGAUGCUGCCCAUUAAUCACAUCUUUCCAGUGGCAGAAAUCCCUCAGCCCACUAUGAAGACUUUGAUGCGGACGUGGUCAGAGCUAUAUAAGGUAUUUUCCCGCUGCGCUGCGCUGGUCACAACCACGGAUGAAAAUGUUUGUUGUGAAGAACUCUGCUCCCGUAUUCUAGUGGGACUUGGAGAUCAGACCUUGGCUUUACCACUUUUGGAAAGACUUGUUCAAGUCAUCACUGUAAUUGUGGAGUGUGUCAACUUCUCUCCAUACAGCACAAAGUACCAGCCUAUAAUAAAAGGUCCUCAAACUCCAACAGACUGGGCUAAGAAGAAGAGAGGACCUCUGGGAAACCUACAUUCAGCGUUGCAGCUACUUGAGAAGUUAAUUGAAGGGUUUCACACAUUGUGCUCUGAUCAGAGCCUUCUGGAAGUCAGCGGCCCGACCUUGACUACUGUCGGCUCUUCCAUCAUAAGUUGCCUUUCUACCUGCCUCAGCCACAUAAGUGUACCGUCAGUCCUCAGAACUGUGUUUUCAUCACUCACAAAGCCCAUCUCUGUAUUCUAUGCUAAAACUAAGUCAGAAUCACCGAAAGUGUACAGUAGCCUCAGCAAUAAGCUGGAUAAACUUCUUGGAGAUGUCCUGUCAUGUCUUGGCUCCCGGUAUACUGGCUCUUAUGACAAUGAACUUCUUGAAGUACUUUCACCUCUUCUUUGUGCCAUAUUUCUUCACAAGAGCAAAGCUUUCAGGAAUCAAGCGACCCAGUUCUGGAAUGGCUCGUUUGCCAAGGCUGCGGUGUUGGUUUAUCCAGAGGAGAUGAAACCGGUGUUAAGCCAAGUUAAGUUCAAAACGCCAAUCCUGUUGCCCGGCUUCACCUGCUCAAAUCCAACUGAAGAAUCAAGUGGAGCAUAUUCUGAUAAUCUGUACAGCUCUGAGCUGGGCACCAAAAUCAGUGGAAUUGAAGUGAAGUCUGCAGGGAAAAGAGACUUCCUACCCGCCAGAGCCGAGGAGCUGAAAGAAAAAGGAACUCCCACUAAAGCUCCACAAGCUAAGUUAAAGCUGGAUUUUUCUUCUCCAAACACAAAAAAGAAACUUCUAGAAGAGGAACAAUCUGUUGACUUUGUGUUUAUCCCCCCUGAAACGAAGGAGCGAGUUCUGACCGAACAUCAGAAAGAAGUUCUUCGUACGAAAAGGGUGGACAUACCCACCAUGUACAACAACUUGGACGCAUCUCAAGACACGACUUUGUUUACACAGUAUACACAGAGCCAGGAAAACUCGCUAGAGAAACCAGUUUUAGAUGACCCAAAAGAAGUUCUUCCUGUAGCAGAGGUAGAAAAAAGUGAAGAAAUUGAAAAAUCUGAAGCUGCAACUAAGGAAGAGAAAAUUUCAAAUGAAGUAAUAAAUGUCGAAAUGUUAGAGGACGAUCCAAAUGAUAACAUACCCGCUAAUGAUUCUUCAGCGUUAAACGCAUCAAAUGAUUGUCAGAAUACAUCAAAUACAAGCAAUGGUUCUGCCUCUUCCGAUAUGGUUUCAGGUACUCCUCCCCCACCUAUCAGCAGAAGGCAAUCCUUCAUCACUCUAGAAAAAUUUGACAAUUUGGAAAUUCGUUCAUUUAGCCCCUUGGCAGACAAAAAGUUUGUAAAGUCAAAAGAAGUUAUUUUAGUUCCAGAUAGCCAAGAAGCUGUGAAUAUAAAGGAAACGAGUGAAAAUCUAGAGAAUGAAAAAACUGCCCAAACUCCUGAAACAAAACACAACCAAACUGACGUUUCCAAAUCCGACUCCAAGAGAGAAACGAGAGCGUCGCGUGCUGCUGAACAAUCGAGGAGCCAAGUAUCUGAAGACGAUGGCAAGGAGUCUUUGAAUGUCCGUGCUAAGAUGGAUGAAAGUAACUUUGUACCAGAUUCUCAACCUUCACAAGUGGAGGAAAAGUCUGCGGAACUUGAGAAAGGAAAAACUGUGGCUGUUAGUAAAGCGGACACCAAGGAAAACACUCCACCCGACACAGACGAAACAGUCAAUCAUCAAAAAACACUUUCAAAUCAGAUUACCUUGAGACGUUCUUCUCGGAGGCAGUCGGAAAUAUUAGAUGCUGUUAAAAAUGAGAAUGAGCCAGAAAAACUAAUCCAAGCAAAAGGAGAGCCAAAAAUAGUCUCCAGAAAGACCAUGCCUACACGAGAGACUGCCAAAAGGCAACAGAGUGAAGCUAUAGUGAAAAGUGAGGGUGAAGAGGACCUGAAUACUUCUAGAAAACAUCAAGAUGAAGCUGAAGAUAGUAGACUAGCAAACAGUUGUGAUAAAGAGGAUCUUCCAGACUCUAAUUCUAGCAAGGACAGUCAAGAGAGAUCAAAAGUGAGAUCCCGUUAUCAGACUCGACGAUCCCUGCAAGCCGUUGUACCGGCUGUGGACAACUCUGAGUCGGAAAAUUCGGAAGCUCUGGAAGGCUCCGUUAGGAAAAGGAGAAGGGGAAGACCAAGAAGCCUUGACAAAUCUCUUAAGUAUGAAAGCUCUCAGGAGUCUCAGACUGACGUAACUUUGAAACACCCUGAAGAUUCCUUUAGUAUCAGAGACCUCGAUAAGUCUGAGUCAGAGAGAGAUGAUAAAACCUAUACAUUAGACUCUGAUUACUCUGCAUCCCAUUUAAAGAUUGUAAAGUCGGAACCAGAUGAACGUGCUCCACUGGACUCUAAAUUGGGUGCAGUAGAGAGCAACAAAACUUAUGACAUUUCUAAAAAUGCUACCGAGGUUUACAGUACCACAGACAGUUUAAUGACUGAACCCACUGCCGGAGACUUCUCCACUGCAGCCUCUGAUGUUUUUCAAAGCUCAAAAAGUGUCCUCCGAUCGCUUGAUUGUCACCAUAAACGAAGUAAGAGAUUUAGACGGUCCAAGAGUAGGGACUGCUGCUCUGAGUCAGCAAGUAAAGAUGCGGAAACCGAAGAACCUGAAAGUAAAAACCAGAAGAUACACAUGUCAUCUACUAUGGAACUUAACGAUACUGUAUUCUCGGGGCCAUGUGCCAUCAGCACACCACUAAUCAAUGAUCAAGUCUUCUUCAAGACUGCUAGCGAGAUCAGAUCUGAUACAGAAUCUGAACAAGAACAGACUACCGCUCCUUUAAGUGACAGCCACAAUGGCACUGAAGUAACACAAGUUUUUGUCGGAACAGAAACUAUUGAAGCCCCUGAAACUUCUUCAGAGAUCAGCGUUGAUGAAACCGUGGUGGCAGGAAGUCCAAAGGAUGCAAAGUCAGAGACUGUGGUGGUGGAGUGCGUGGAAAACGACAGUGAAGAGGAUAAAGAAAUGGAAGUUGAACUGAAUACGGAGACAACCAGCGGCAAAACCUACGAUAUAGAAGUCGGUGAUGUGCCUACAAGUAGUAUCGUUGAUGAAAAGCCUGAGGAGGUGGUCUUGGAAAAUGCUCAGACUGUAAUGGUAGAUGAGGGAGAUGGUCAAGAAAGAAAUGACACUGAGCCUGAAACUGUUGAAGACCAUGAAAUUCAGGAGGUCAAAGCUUGUGAAGUUGCUGAAGAAAGCGUUGAAACUGCUGAGGAGGCUGAAGACAAGAGGACAAUUGCAGCUGAUGAGACCAUUGUUAAUGGUGCAGAAAAUAAUAAUUUGCAUGAAAUGAAUGCUGAGACUAUCUCUGAAAUCAAGAAUGAUACUGGCACUGUUCAAAUGGAUGCUGUCGUAGAUGUAAUACCCGAUGGGGAGAAGGUUGAUGAAAACACACAAGUCACUGAGAAAACGUAUGAAGACCUUGGUGAAGGACGUUCCAACAUAGACUCUCCACCGAAAGUGAAAGGAUUUCCUUCCAUGGUCAUGGCUAAUGACAGCCCAAGUGGAAGUUUCUGUUGGUCUCCAUCUGCAUCUCCUUCUACAAGUAUCUUAAAGAAAGGAUUGAAGAGACAGCAGGAAAUUGAAUCGCCAUCUCCUGUUAACAAGAUUCGGAGAGUAUCAUUUGCUGAUCCCAUAUAUCAAGAAGGGUUGGCGGAUGACAUUGAUCGGCGAAGCCCUGUGAUAAGGAAUAGCUCCUCUCCAUCUUCAAGAAGCCUAAAAAUGUUGACUAACAAUCAGCCAAAGAUUAACACCACUCCAACCAAGGGAUUUGUGUCUCCUGGAGCCCGAGUGCUUGGAUUUAAAAGCUCAAAGAAAAGUUUGAUUUCAGAAAUGACAAAAGAAUCCAUGCCUUCUCCAAAAGAGAGCGUCUACCCAGCCCUGAUGAACUGCACAACUCCUGUAGAUGUCAUAUUGCCCCAGAUUACUUCCAACAUGUGGGCAAGAGGAUUGGGACAACUGAUCCGUGCAAAAAACAUUAAAACUAUCGGUGACCUUAGUACUCUGACCCCCUGUGAAAUAAAAACUCUGCCCAUCCGUUCUCCAAAGAUUUCUACAGUGAAGAAAGCCCUAAGAAUCUACCAUGAGCAGCAGACCAAGUCUAAAGGCUAUGAUGAAUUCGCUGUUCUUGAUGAAUCCGAGAAGCCACUGAAUGGUGUCGAUGAGAAGCCUGGGCCUGCUGAUGAAGAGAAGAUUGAGAGGGAUUUACCAGAGGCAUCGGCUACGACGUCCACUACAGAGACAUCAUCCACUCCAGACAUUUUGGCCCAGAUCGAUGCUCUUUCGGUGAUGUUCACUUCUGAAGAGCUUGGGAAGUAUUCAGGAAGCCAGCUAUUCGAGAUGCAGGAAAAACUUGGAAUGAUCUCCAACUGUGUGUUCAGACAUCUCCAGUCCCGGUGGAGGUCUCCACCUCACGGUGGUUCGGUUUAAGACUCCAGUACUUUCUGUCUCUGAGUCUCUCCUGUUACAGGACCUUUUUUUAUUCCUAUUUCUUAAGAUGGAAUUUUUAUGACACUGAAGUUUUUUUUUCCAUUUUUUAAGAAGACGUCCUGUGAUGUCCCUUCUCCUUGUCUAGAUUUCUUGCUGCUAUAUACAUAGUGCUUUAAGUAGCAGAUUAUUUUUUUCCCCUGACUUUUUAAUAUUGUAUAAGCCAUCUAUAUAUUACUUCGUCUUCACAUGACAAAAUAUGCCAAUACUUGAAACAGUAUUUUUUUAAAAACAAGUUUUGUACAUAUCCCGACUAUUACACAUGAGGUCUUUAUAUUGUCAUAUAAUUUAAUGCUACCUUAAAAUCCACUCUCCCAUCCUCCACUCCAUCCCCAGGCCCAUGAACUAAUGGGCUUUCAGUGAUUUAGAUAGCACUUGCAUAGGUGGUGUGAUUUUUGGGUACUGCAGCUUCACGGUAUACGGGACAUUAUUUUACAUACAUCUACAUAGAGAUGGAGUGUGUCUAAAUCACCACAUAAAUUUUUGCAACUUUUUCUGAUAUUCAGUGCAUCUAAAAUAAAGUAUUUUUGUGGAAAAAAUAUAUUACUGUUUUGUGUAUACAGCUCCUAUACAAUGCUCUCCGUUUCCAUGGUUUCAGACAAAGCGUGCAGCAGUGUUUCAGGCUCUGCUUCUUGAAGGUCACAAUAGCGUUGCAUACUGCUAAAAUAAAAGAAUAAUUGAUCGGAACUGAUCCCAGGUAAAUCCUUUAAAAAGGAACCGGACCUAAUUCUACAUACCUGUAGAAGAGGGGACAGAUGGGAGGAAGAGGCACUGCAGGGGAUCUGCUUGUAUUCUGUAUGCAUGAAAAACCUAUAGAUUUGCAUAGGAGCUGUAUACAUAAAACUUUUUUGUUUUUUUUUAUCAAAAGUCUGGAUACUCUGGAGAUCUAAAAAAAACACAACACACUUACCCUUGAAAUUUUAUGAAGUGGGG